CUGCUCCCCGGGCUUCGGAGCUGCGCUCCAAUGCCCCCGAGCGGCCAUGAGCGCCCCGCACUGGUGGGACCAGCUGCGCGCUGGCAGCUCGGAGGUGGACUGGUGCGAGGACAACUACACCAUCGUGCCUGCCAUCGCCGAGUUCUACAACACGAUCAGCAACGUCUUGUUUUUCAUUUUACCGCCCAUCUGCAUGUGUUUGUUUCGUCAGUACGCAACAUGCUUCAACAGUGGAAUCUACCUAAUAUGGGCCCUUUUAGUUGUAGUGGGAAUUGGAUCCGUCUACUUCCAUGCAACCCUUAGUUUCCUGGGUCAGAUGCUUGAUGAACUUGCUAUCCUCUGGGUUUUGAUGUGCGCAUUGGCCAUGUGGUUUCCUAGAAGGUAUCUUCCAAAGAUUUUUCGGAAUGACAGGGGCAGGUUCAAGAUGGUGGUCUGCGUCCUGUCUGCGGUCACAACAGGCCUCGCGUUUGUCAAGCCCGCCAUCAACAGCAUCUCACUGAUGUCCCUGGGGCUGCCUUGCACCGCGCUGCUCAUCGCAGAACUCAAGAGGUGUGACAACGUGCGCGUGUUUAAGCUGGGCCUCUUCUCUGGCCUCUGGUGGACCCUCGCCCUCUUCUGCUGGAUCAGUGACCGGGCGUUCUGCGAGCUGCUGUCGGCCUUCCACUUUCCCUACCUGCACUGCGUGUGGCACAUCCUGAUCUGCCUGGCCGCCUACCUGGGCUGCGUGUGCUUCGCCUACUUUGAUGCCGCCUCCGAGAUCCCCGAGCAAGGCCCCGUCAUCAAGUUCUGGCCCAGUGAGAAAUGGGCCUUCAUCGGCGUCCCCUACGUGUCCCUCCUGUGCGCGAAGAAGUCGCCGGUGAAGAUCACGUGACGGCCAGCAGGCUUGGCCGCUGACCCUCCCCGGCGCGGGGCUUCGCUGGAGGGCCAACACGGGCUGCCUGGUGGCGGAGUUG